AUGUCGGCUAAGAAGUCGGUCCUGAUCACUGGCUGCAGUGAGGGCGGCAUAGGCUACGCGCUGGCGAAGGAGUUCCGUGCCCGCGGCCUGCGCGUUUUUGCCACGGCGCGCUCGCUUUCCAAGAUGGCUUCCCUCGAGAAUCUCCCCGACGUUACGGUGCUGCAGCUGGAUGUCACUUCGCCCGAGUCUAUCGCGGCAGCCGCGUCGGCCGUCUCCGGAGCAACGGGUGGCAAGCUUGACUACCUCGUCAACAACUCCGGCCUGCAAGUUCUCGGCCCGCUGCUGGACUUUGACAUGGACCGAGCGAGGGACAUGUUCGAAGUUAAUGUAUUCGGAGCUGUCGCUACGGUCCAAGCCUUCUCGCCUCUACUCAUCGCGGCCGGGGGAUGUGUCGUCAACAUGACUUCCAUCACCGCGCUGAUGUCCCCACCUUGGAUGGGGUUCUACGCCGGUUCCAAGUCUGCCUUCGUCACCAUCAGCGAGUGUCUUCGUCUAGAGUUGCGUCCGCUCGGGGUCAGCGUGGUCACCGUCAACGUGGGCGCCGUGAAGACCAACAUCUUCAGCAACGCUCCAGCACGCUACGAGCUGCCUUCCGGCUCGAGAUACGGGCCAGUGGAAAAGCAGAUAGGGGCGAGGGUGACGGGAAACGACGUCUCUGGUCAAAAGGACACUCCCGAAGCCUUUUCCCGAGCGCUCGUCGGCAAGGUUCUGGGCGGCGCGAGCGGGAAAGUCUCGUGCGGAAAGCUCUCAACCAUUAUCAGGGUGCUCACGACGUAUUUUCCCACCUGUCUAAUUGACCGUUUGAGCAUUGUUAAUACUGGGCUUGAUACCUGGAAAUAA